UAUUCGCAAAAUUCAUUUUGUGGUGUGCGUUUCGUGGUCUCGUGGUUGUUAUCUGUUCCUCUUACACUUGAUAAUCCCAAUUAAAACUCAUUAAAAAAUGGCUCCUCCAUCAUAUAGCGAUUUGGGCAAACAAGCUCGCGACAUCUUCAGCAAAGGCUACAACUUUGGUCUAUGGAAAUUGGACUUGAAGACCAAGACCCCAUCGGGCAUUGAAUUCAACACAGCUGGACACUCGAAUUUGGAGUCUGGCAAGGUGUUUGGUUCCCUGGAGACCAAAUACAAGGUUAAGGAUUAUGGCCUCACUCUGACUGAGAAAUGGAACACAGAUAAUACCCUUUUCACUGAGGUAGCUGUCCAGGAUCAGCUGCUCGAGGGUCUGAAAUUGUCGCUGGAAGGCAACUUUGCCCCACAAUCGGGCAACAAGAGUGGCAAAUUCAAGGUCGCUUAUGGCCAUGAGAAUGUUAAGGCCGAUUCCGAUGUCAACAUUGAUCUGAAGGGUCCCUUGAUCAAUGCUUCGGCUGUUUUGGGUUAUCAGGGCUGGUUGGCUGGCUACCAGACGGCAUUCGAUACACAGAAAGCCAAGUUGACCACCAACAACUUUGCCCUUGGCUAUACCACCAAGGACUUUGUCCUGCACACAGCUGUCAACGAUGGCCAGGAGUUCAGCGGCUCAAUCUUCCAACGCACUUCGGACAAAUUGGAUGUGGGCGUGCAAUUGUCAUGGACCAGUGGCACCAGCAACACCAAGUUUGCCAUUGGUGCUAAAUAUCAAUUGGGUGACGAUGCCAGCCUUCGCGCCAAGGUCAACAAUGUCAGCCAGGUCGGUUUGGGCUAUCAGCAGAGACUGCGCGAUGGCAUCACCUUGACCCUGUCCACAUUGGUCGAUGGCAAGAACUUCAAUGAUGGCGGUCACAAGAUUGGUGUCGGUCUUGAAUUGGAGGCUUAAGAAGUGCAGCUAAAGCCAGUUGCCUUGCCGCCGCCACUUGAUUAUAAAAUAAAAGUUAUCAAACAACAUCCCACACACACAACAACAUCAACAACAACAACUACUACAAGAACAACAACAACUAAGUGCAGUAAAACAAGAAAAUAAAAGUGUAAAAGAGAAUCUUCAUGUAUUAGCAAUUAGUUUCAAUCAGAAAGCAGCAUCACCAACAACAACAACAACAACAUAACCAGCAACCUGUCUUUCCCCAAUCUCACUGCCAACGGAUGAAUUGAAACGUUUACGGGGAAAAAUGUGGGGACUAGACUAGGGCAGAGAGACAUGUUGUGUGGUUGGUGUGGCUUUUGUUUAGUACAUAUAAUAGAAAUUUAUUGUUGGCAAAAGAUUCAGUGCAAAAAUUACAUUUACCUAUUAAAUAAAAACGUAAAAAAUGGAAUAACAA